AUGAGAUGUUUAAGCAUCUUAUGGAAGCACAGAGCCUCAAUAGCAGUCAAUAUUACCCUGGAGGUAGUGGUAAUCGAGGUGGCCGCNAUCUUAUGGAAGCACAGAGCCUCAAUAGCAGUCAAUAUUACCCUGGAGGUAGUGGUAAUCGAGGUGGCCGCGGUUGAGGUCCAGUUAGAGGAGGAGGUCGUGAUGGGUAUAACAGGCACUAUGGGAAUGAAAUGGAGGCUUCACCACCAUAAAAAGAGCCUUCAAUGCAUGAGACUUGGAUCUAUAGAUUUGGGGAAGGAAUCUAUGAUUUCCUCCAUUGUCUCUACCUCCAAGAGCGGUCAAUCGCCGAAAGAAAAUAUUAAGGUACUUUUCAAGGCUACUGAAGACAUGGCGAGCAACCCUUCCAGGCCCGAAACAGAGCAAUCGAAGACAAAAGAAACAGAGCAUUCCAACAUGAGCAAGGAAUUUUCGAAUGCUGAAGUAAGGAAUUUACCAAGAAAUCCCAUUGAGUGUGAUAAUGAAGAGAGAGUGCAGAAACUUGUUGCUGAAAAUGAGAUGUUUAAGCAUCUUAUGGAAGCACAGAGCCUCAAUAGCAGUCAAUAUUACCCUGGAGGUAGUGGUAAUCGAGGUGGCCGCGGUUGA